GUCAAAUGCUGAAUUCUUUUAACACAAGUUUAUUUCUUUGGAAUAGGGAAUGCCAUGAUCUUGGGAUCCCAGUACGUGAGGUCUCACCAUCAUGGUCCAAGCGUGAACUUUGGGAAGAAGCCUUUGUUACAAGUAGCUUAAGGCUUAUCCAGCAUGUGGAGACAGUUCAGGCACCUUUACUAUGGGAGGACAUAGAAACAAAAACCUGGAGUGAUGUAUCUUGGGCAGUGAAGCAAUUUCAGGGCGCUGGACACAUCACCACACAGAUACAGAGGAAAAUAUCAGGGAGAGCAAUAACUGAGGAAUAUGACAUAAACUAUUUCUUGUGAUUUAUGAAUUGUCAUGAUUUCUGGGUGAUGGGUCUUGGCUUGACCUUCAUUUGUUCUUCAGAUAAGGCUGCCUAAUCAAAACGGAGCUUCUAGUGUUGCCUUCAUGCAAGGACUGUUCAAGAAUUUAGAGAAAUGGUUCCAUGUUGUCCGUGAGAGAUGCGUACCGUGUCCGUGUGUGUUGUGUGUGUGUGUGUGUGUGUGUGGUGUUGCUGUGCCUGGGAGGAGAGAACGACCAGCUCCACCUCUUCUAGGUCAGCACAUGGGUUGGGCCCUAUGGGCCUAAGACAGAUGGGCAGGGUCCAUACCGGUUUAACACUUCCUCUCAAGAUGACAAGAUGGAUGGUAGAUAUAGAUCAAUUCCAUCUUGUCACAUGCAAGUUACAGCCCUUUGUCAAGCAGUCUGCAACCUGCUGUCUAGAGCUGACAUGAGUAAGCCUGAUGAUCACAAUAUUAAGUUUCUUAUUACUAAAAAAGCGAUCAAUUUCUA